AUAGUGUAUUAAAUGCAAUGUCUUGAAUGCAAUGCAUUGAAUGCCACGUCGUUUACACUGUUUGUCAACCAAUAGUAUGACACAUAAGACACCAAUUAAUGCAUUGAAUUGAAGUGAAGUGUCAUUACCUGACAAUUAACUGAUAUAUGAAAGCAGUGAUCCAUUUGGUGAUUAUCUCAACUGUUGAUGACAUCCAUAAUCUACCAUAAAUUGGAUCCGUUGUAAUAAUAAACUUAUUUUGUUAUUAGUGAGUGAUUUAUCGGUGGCCAAUGAUGAUCAACCAAUUGAUGAAUCAGAUGAACAAAUAUGGCAUUCAUUUGCUAGUAUUGUAUUUGUGGUUACUUUUUGUUGAUGUCUUGAGUGUUGAACUGACAUUUGAAUUGCCAGACAACGCAAAGCAGUGCUUUCAUGAAGAUAUCAGACAAGGCGUCAAAUCAACGGUCGAGUUUCAGGUGGUGACGGGCGGUCACUAUGAUGUUGAUAUGAGUCUUCAGGGACCAAGAGGUGAGGUGUUAUAUCAGGGAAUCAAGAAGCAGUUCGACACAUUCACGUGGACACCGGCCACGACCGGCACGUAUACUGUCUGCUUCAGCAACGAGUUCUCUACUUUUAGUCACAAAUUAGUUUACUUUGACUUUCAAGUGGGCGAAGAACCGGCACUUCCCGGCACUCAGGAACACAUGACUGCUAUGACUAAAAUGGAACAGUCAUCAGCCAAUAUACAUGAAAGUCUUAACUCAGUAAUCGACGCCCAAACACACUAUCGAUUAAAUGAAUCCAAAGGAAGGAAACGGGGAGAAGAUUUAAACACAAGAGUCUUGUGGUGGUCUCUCAUCGAAACCAGUGUUGUCUUACUUAUAGGCGUCGGACAGGUCAUGAUUCUCAAGAAUUUCUUCACCGAUAAAAGGAUAUCAAUUACUAAUACAUAGCUUUAGUUAUAUUAUAUUAAUUUAAAUUGUAAUUCACUUCAUACCAUAUUUUGCAGUAAUUCAACAUCUUUUAAAUUCAAUAAAUAUUUAAAUUAAAUAU